UGAAAAUUUGAGGAGACUAAAAAGAGAGAAAUUUAUAUCCUCCAGUGUAAUAUGUUAUGAUAUAUUUUGAAAAUUUAUUAGACAUUAUGUGAAAAGAAUAUUAUAUUCGUUCGAACAGAUUCAUUUAUGACCAAAGAGUGACUUUUGCUAGAUUUUUCAUUUAUAUCUGUUAUAUAUUGGAGUUCACAACACACAAGAUGGCUGACCAGGUAAUUAAAGAAAAACAACAACAAUCUAACAUUGUCAGUUACUUUAAAAAUACACCAAAGCAUAGUGGCAAAAGAGACCAACCAUCUAGUAGUCCUGAUAAUACAUCCCCGUCAAUGCAACAAGUAGACAAACUUGCCAGACUUGUCAACCUUGAUACUUCACUCAGUGACUCUAGCUUGCCCAAUUCUGAUAGUACUGAGAAUAUCAUAUCAUCUGUUGAAAAAGAAACGGUUUUUAAAUUAUCAGAUGUUGUAUGUGCUACUCUAAAAAAUCAAGAGUUUAUGGAUUCCAUCAUCCCUCUUAUCACAGAAAAGGUCAUUGAAAUGGUCAAACCCAAAAUUGUCCAGAUAGUUGAUGAAUGCAUGCAGCCUCACUUGCUAAGUAUUAAACACAACAAAGAUGCUCUUAUUCUUAAAGACGUAGAACUUAAUAAAUAUAAAGAGGAAAUGAAAAUGUUAAAAAACAAAUUAGACAAGGUCGAGGCCAGAAUUGAGGAACAGGAACAAUAUUCGCGAAGAACAAGCUUGCGAUUUCAUAAUGUUCCAGCUCCAACUGACGAUAAUGGUGACAUAAUUAAACCUAUUAACACUGAUGCACUUGUACUUGAUAUUUGUAAUAAAAAUCUCAAAUUGAAUUUGAACACAAGAGACAUUGGCCGGUCCCAUCCAAUUGGUGAAAUUAAAGAUGGCAAAAUUGCAAUCAUUGUACGCUUCCUGUCAUACCGUCAGAGACAAUUAGUCUUCACCAGCAAGCGUUAUUUAAAAGGAAACAAAAGCAAAAUUUUCAUUGCAGAAAAUCUCACCAAACACAGGUAUGAUCUGCUACAUAGAUUAAACACUUUGCGUGAAAAAGAUACCAUACACUCCUUUUGGACACAUGACGGGUCCAUACUAGUAAAAACAACAGAACAUGCUCGUCCUAAAAAGAUUAGUUCAAGGCAAGACAUUUACAGACUUGGUGGGGAAGUCCUUGAAGGUGAUGACCUGAAUGAGGAUUGACAUUCCGUUACCAUCAUAUUCUUAUUUGUUUUGUCUGAAUAAAGUUUACAAAUUCACAAAUUUACUCGGAACUGUAUGAUCUAGUUUAAUACUAUGUACAAUAUGUAAUAUGUCAAUAUACUAUUUCAAGAAAGUGUCUAAAUUAGUAAGCACUAUCCGUAUUUACUUAAUUUUUAACAAUAACUGUUGUAUAAUACACGUGUUUAGAAACACGUGGUAGUGUUUACAUACACUAAAAUAAUACAUCUUUGGCAAUGUCAAUAAGUUUAAAUUCUACUCUAUAUCACAUGAGUGAUAAUCAACGAAGUGUGUUUUAUAAAAAAAAAAAUGUAUCACGUGACACUCGUUACGGUUAUUAUGUCCAAGCUAAAUUUAUAGUAUAUCUAUCUUAUUUGACAACAAUAUGCAAAUCAGUUCAUUUCAACUUUCGAUAUAAUUCAGAGAGGCGCAUUAAAAUUGGUCACUUAAUUUGGAUUAAUUCAUCAAAGUUCGUUAUUACAGUAUCAUUAACACAAAAUCUUUGUUAAAAAUUCAGCUCUCUGAUAUUUGCAAUACCAACAUCGUAUAUUGACGAUGUUGAAAUAUUGCUUUUUGUACAUGUACAUAUUUUUCUUUUUUUCUUUACUUUUUCUUUUUCUGAAAUUCAUGAAGGGUCAUUCGAAUUAUAAUUGUCCAUGCUAUGUAUCAUGUUUUACAAUGCAGUCCUAUAUUGUUAUCCUUUUCUAUUGUAUUGUAUUUGAUAAUGGGUAAUGAUAUUGUAUCGUACAGGAUAACAAUAGGACUGUUUUAUCACAAGACUAGUUUGGGUUGUUUGAGAAAAACAGUUUACCGGUAUUGUUUUUCCUUAAAUGAUAUGCUGGCAGAAUUAAUAAAGAUGAUUUCAAGAUUUAAACUUAGUAUACGCAAUUUAUAUAGAACUUGUAGUAAUUUGAUUGCUUUUUAUAUAGUGCUUUUAUGUUUAUUAUUAAUAUGUGGUGACAUUGAACCGAACCCGGGUCCUGAACGCACACACGAGUAUUCCGAGAAAACAUUGUCAAUUUUCCAUUGCAACAUUAGAAGCCUUAGAAAUAAACUGAACUAUAUUGCCGAUAUUAUUGAGGAUUAUGAUGUAGUAUUUUUCACAGAAACACAUUUAGACUCUAAUAUUACUGAUUACGAUAUAUCUAUUAUGGGGUUUGAGACACCAGUUAGAAAAGACAGAAAUUCACAUGGUGGUGGUAUUAUCAUGUAUUUUAAAAAUUACGUUCACAUAAUCCGUCGACAAGAUUUAGAGCAUGAUGAA